UUCCUGUUCCAAUUUAGUUUAAACAUUGCAAUUACUGUAAAGGUUUAACGAGCAAAGUAGUAUUAAAAGAACUAACUACAUAAAAUAAUAUGUGAGUUACAAUUAGAAAGUUCAAUCAUUCUUAGCCAAGUGAAAAUAUUACAUUUGCUUUUAUAUAAAUGUAAUUGUGGACAAUGAAACUGGUAAACAAAGUAAAGUAAGCACUAUAUUACAAAUCAUUGCAGCAGGCUAACAGUGUAACGAUUUCUACAACUUUCUCAGUACGAGUAACUACAACAAUUUAUUGAUGGGAUGUGCCAUGAUGUAAAGAGUGGGCUUAUUUAUUUUGGAGGUGAAUAACAGUUUUGAUCUGAAAUAGGAUACAUUGCAUAUGUCCCAUUCUUUAUGAUCUGCUCUAUUUUUAUCUAUGUUUUAGGAGGCUUUAUCUAUAACAUGUUAAGAAUGCUAUAUUUGUAUUUGUUAUUACUAAGUGUACAUCAUAUUGUGAACAUUGUCGCUAUUAAAUUCGAAGAGAAGCCACAGAAUGCAACCAUAAACGCUGGAAAUGAUAAACCUUUUAUUUGUACGGUUAGUGACAUGUUGAACAACGAGCAGAGGUUUGCGUGGUACAAGGGAAACAUACAAUUGACGGACGGAGAAAAUGUCAUUGAAUAUAAUUCUGGUAAUGAAAGGUUAUCGGUUUCACAACUUGAAACAUCUUCUGGAAAUAUUAUGUCAAUUUUAAAAGUCGAUGACGCUGUAUCAAGCGACAAUGGAGCCUACACCUGCGCCAUUUUAGAAUCCAGUAGAAUUGUUCUCCGUUCAGAACCUGCAUAUCUAAUUGUUCAUUCAUUACCUGGAUCUCAAUAUCCCCUAUGUUCUGUUUCCAAAACUAUUGCGGUUGCUGGUUCGACAAUUAUUUUAACUUGUAAAUCUGAAAAUGUUCUGCCUCCAGUGAAUUUAUCUUGGACAGAAAACAAUAACUUUAUUAGUGGUAGACUGGAGAUGCGAAAGAAAGAAAACGAAGUAAUAAAUGAAUUAAUGUUGCUGCUAAAGAAAGAACAUAAUGGUAUAAAAUUUAUAUGUAAUCAAGUUUCGGAUCUAAUGCCUAACGACCACUCAUACUGUUCUGUAGGGCCACUAAAUGUCCGCUACAAACCCAAUGUUAAGAUUCAACACACAAGCCCCGUGCUACCAGCAAUCGAAACUGUCAUAUUUUGCCAAACAUUUGCAAAUCCUCGUGUCGACAGUUACAGGUGGACGUUCAACCCUCAAAUCAAAAGGAGGGAUUAUAUGUUAGAUAGUACAGGACAAGUAUUAACACUGUUGAGACCAACCCUACAGCAGAGUGGAACAAAUGUAACGUGUACUGCUACAAAUGGAGUCGGAAAAUCAUCGUCAUCAAUGCAAUUACUAGUAGCACUGAGUGAAGUAAGUGACGGAGAAUAUGUAACUGGGGAAACCAUUCUCGACACACAAUCUCAAAAACAAGGAAGAAUUCGUUUGUCAUUAGAUGUUGUGAUUAUCGUUGUUGCUGGUGUUAUUAUUGUCAUUGUACUCGUUGUUCUGGUUCCCGUCUACCACUAUUGUUUGUGUCGUAAUGGUAAUAUAACGACAGUUGAUUCUUCAGGAAUAAAAGUAACUCAACCUGAAGUGUAUUACGAGGCUAGAGAGGGAGUUAUAUUAAGACAUACUAUACAAGAUCGGUCAUUGCCUCGUGUACCUACUACAGAAGUAUAUGGCCAUUGGAGACAUUCAACAGCUUCACAAGUCCCGAAUGAUCUUGAAUCGCAUAGUUAUACUUACAUAGACACUGAGAAUGAUUGAAUGUUUUUAAUAUUGAUAUACAGCCACAUAUACCAAUA